UGACGCCAAGACAAUACAGGGUCGUCCUUGUGUGAGGAGGGCCUUAGUUAGCCAACCAGCUAGCAAUACUGUUACCUGGAGGUUUAAGGGUUUACAGUUUUAACCCCUACAGGAGUCCCAGGAAGCGCCAGUUUAUCAAGGCUGGGGCAAAGGUGGGCUCUGUGAAAUUGUUGUGAAAGCUUGACAACAGGAAGCAGUAUGAGUCAGCAUGAGUAACAGGAGCCAGGAGAUUUACACCUCCAGAGCCUAAGCUGGAGGUAAUGGAGAAGUUCAGUCCCAGGCUUUAUAUCGACCAAAAAAAAAAAGAAAAAACUAGGCACUGUAUUCCCUGUCCUCAAAUGGUCUGGUUUUGGCUGACGUUUGCAUGGACAAAGCAAAUCUCUGUUAAUCUAUCAGUAGACUUUGGUUUUUCAAGCUUCACCUUCAAGUCCUGUAUGAGUGUGCGAGGCACCUUCUCAGAGGACAGACAUGAGUGAUACUUUUGGUGCCCUUCCUUACUCACAUGAAAGACGUGCAGACCCAUUAUAAUGAUUAACAGACUGGACUGAACUGAACAGAACUCCCUGGGGGUAAAACGGCUGUAUCAGAACAAGAUCUCAGUCAUUACAGGUUUGAAGUUGAAUACUCUCUGUAAAAAGCUUUAUGUGCAUCUAUCUCAACUAUGAACAGAUUUAUCUAUCUUACUUGUCAGUAUGUUUCUUUGGAGCAUCUGUUUUGGUCGUGAGUGGCAGGUCAGCAGUUAAAUAAAUAUGGAAAGCAGGCUUAUUUCCUUCAGUACUUGGGUUUGUAGGCCAUGUUGAUGGGCAUCAGCCGCCUGCCAAAUGUCUCAUCUGACUGGCAUGGAGGCUUGUUGCUCUCUUCCAAAAACACAGCGGACCACUCUUCAUUAAAAAGCAAAUAGAAGCACACCCCAACAGAAAACCAAUACAGGCAAAAGCAGCCAGUUGGUCCUGGAGAAAGACGUUUAACUGGCAGAUAUGAUUACCUCAGACACCACUUCCCCCCACCGAUUCCACAAACAACAGUUAGGCAAGUCAAUUUACCUUAAUUUCAUUGGAAGAGAAAGAAAGCCAGCAAGCCAGCCAGGUUGAAGCCGGUGCUUGAUGCGAGUGAGCGCUCAUUAGAUGAUAAUGGAUGCGUGUAAUUGGUGAAGUGCUGAUUGCUCCCCCAAAAAAGAUUCCAUCGCAGGAGAAUUUUCUGUUUCAUUAAGCCAUGGUCAGAAAUAAUAAGAUAGCCAUCUGUAGAGAGAGAGAGAGACAAGAAGAAGGUAGAGGGCUGUUUAUGGAAAGUACCCAUGAUGAGAGACGGUAGCAACAGUUUGGUAUACUGACAUAUAACAGUAGUUAUUGUAAAGAUGGCGAGGAUUAAGAGAGAAGUCGUGUCUUUUGGGACUAUCUUCACUAUGGAUCAAUCCUCCUUUUUUCAGUUUUUAUGUUUUUUCAUGUCAUACAGAUGUUUUUCUUUUAUCUCCCAUUCUGGCUGUGUUUAUUCUAUUGUUUCUCUGCUCUUAAUCAUGCAGCUGAAUAUAUGUGUUUUUCAUCCUGCUGCGUGUGUGUGUGUCUCCUUGGUUUACGGCUGUAAUGUUUCAUUCUCUGGCUGCACACCAGCUCUUUUUUAUGGCCCAGAAUCAAACACUGUAAAGCAUGCACUGAAAGGCAUGUGAACGCACACUGAUACAGACACUGUAGAGCCACAAGUGCUUACUCAUCACACCGCAUGGAGGGGUUGUGAGCCAUUUAUGUGCUUUGUUUUUCAAUGGCCUGGUUACAGACAAGUGCAGGAUCUAUAGUUCAUAUUUGUGUGCCCAAUUCUUUCUUUCUUUCUUUCUUUCUUUCUUUCUUUCUUUCUUUCUUUCUAUUUGUAACAACAGAACAACAAGAUGACUCAUCUUAGAUAAGAUGUAUAAAGGGAGUUUCAUAUGGGCCACAACAUGAAGACAGGAAUGGCAGUCUUGUAGAAAAUGCUCAGUUUGGUUCGAAGGAAAGCACCCUUUCAUUUUCAAUCAGCUGCUUGUUCUGCAUGACUAAUGCUGAAAUGACAUAUAUCAUUGUCAGAUAGGGUAUGCUCACACAGCUGUUUUUUUUUUGUUAAACACACAUAAUCAUGACAGCCUCCAGCACACACACAUAUACACAUGCUCAUUUGUGCACACUAGCUUGCUCUUAUCUUGCUGGCUGACACCAUUUUGCUCUCUAACAAUCUUGCUAAUUAUAAUUGUUAAUUAAUUCUCUGCCAGUGUCCUCAUCAGGAGACUAAUAACCUACAUUUCCAUUAAUUAGACCUUCAACCCUUCGCUCCCUCUCCCAGUCUCUCCGUCCCACUCCAAUCCACCCCUUCGUCCCCUGCCUGCCUGAAACUCUUCUCUCGCCUGCUGCUCCCAUCGCCCAAGGUUGUCCAUAUAGCAUGUGCACACAUGCAGAGUGAUUAAUCGUGUGUGAAUGGACAAACUUGUAUUACUUGUUGGGACAAGCACUUAACUCAGCCACACUUGUGUGGACUAAACGUACAAGGCUAGCCGGUUGAUCCCGCACACAAAUAGUCAGUGUUUAAGGUCAUUUUUAAACUUUUAUUUUAUUUCGCUAGGAUUUGACCUGCAACGAUAAUGUCAGACUCAAAAUCCUACAGCUAAUACAAAGCUGUCAUCAGCAAAUGGUUGGCUAGCUUAGCAUGAACACUACAAACAAGGGAAAACAGCUAGCCUGGCUCUGUACAAAGGUGAAAAUAAAUCAGUCUACUAGCACCCGUUAAGCCCACUAAUUAACACGUUAGAGUAGUCCAAGUCUCUGUUGGUUGCCUGGCAACUGGUUUCAGCCAAGAAAUAGUCUGGCACAUCUCCUCUGAAAAAGAGCAAAUUGUUGUUUUCACCAGAAACAGGGUGUAACGUAUUAAUCGGUGCCUCUGACAGAGCAAGGGAUGCAAUUGCUCCAGUUUGCUAUCUUGCAUAUCCAUAUUCCUGCUACAUUUACCAGUCUGCAGACGCGAGAGUCAUUUUAUUCAUUUUGCAAGAAAGCAAAGAAAUGUUUUAGACCUGUUUGACUUUCAUGAAUAAAUGCAAGACAAAGUAGUGUGCUCCUUAGUGACAAAACUGGGUUCUUCGUGUGUGUGCGUGUGUGUGUGUGUGCGGCCUUGACAGUAUGUGGGCAAUCAAUGGACAAAUAGCCCCUCUCUCUUGGAAACUACUCUUCCCAUCAGGCUCAGCUGACCUGGUUUCCGUGCACAGUGGAGCCGUGUUAUCAUUUCACCACUUGCUCUGAUCUCAGAACAAAUUGGAAAUGCAGUGAACAUACUGUUAACUGUUGCAGAAAAGAUUAACAGAGUUGUUCAUUUUACAGGCCUGUUGAUCCCUCAGUCAUCUGGAUCUGCUGCAAACUCCUCGAUUCUUAACAGUUUCUUUCCCGUUUUAGCGCUGCUUAACAAGCCAUUUGUCAACUCCUCUGAAGCUUUUGUUCUUUUCUUCCAGACUUCGAACUUUCUGUCUUUUUUUUUUUUUGUUUCCUCUCGCCUUCUGGCACCAGAGGAAGUGAGGGACAGUUGGUGCUUGCUUGUCCAUACUGUAUUUGUGUUGGCAAAAUGGCAGCUUCUGUCUUAACCGUCCUUCUUCCUCUCACCCUCUCCUGAGAGAAGUAACCCAGAUUUCCAAAUGAAUCGCUGCCUAUUCCCCUCAAUCUCUCUCUCUCUCUCUCUCUCUCUCUCUCUCUCUCUCUCUCUUUCUCACUCUCUCUCUCCAUCUCUAGUCCUCUACUUGGUAAAAAGAGAACAAAUCUUGGAAAGACAAUACCACCUCUCUAUCUCGUCCUCCUCCUCACCCUGCCUCUGGGUUAACGGAUAUACCACUUCACUCUUCUAUCUUUGGUUCCUAGACAGCUUGAAUCUCGCCAAAAGCUUGUUGCUUUCUUUUUCCUUGUAAUUGUUUUUUUUUUUCUUUUCAUAUUUUAGACUCAUUCUUUCAUCUUUAUCUGCCUCAGCCCCCGCCGCCGCUGCUGCUGCCUUUUCUUUCCCUCUGUCUUUUUUUUAUUUUUGAGGUGACCAGCUACAGGUGUGAGACCUUAGCCUUUUCCUUUGAAGUGAGCCAAACGAGGAGAAGAGAGGGAGAGAGGAAGAGAAGAAAGCUAUCCUGUAGUUGCAGCUUUCCUCCAAAGUCACAGAGUAUUCAGGUACUGUAUCUUCUAUCCUCUCUGCUGUGUGGGUCUGUGCAUUUUUAGUAUAGACUUCUUCUUUAAACUGAUUUUAAACUAAUUUUAGAGUUAUUUACCAUUAAUCUUAGCUUUCCUCGCUUUUGACCUUUUGAUUGAUUUCCUCCCUGCUUCUUUGCGGAGACACCAUUGUUUCAUCACAUUUUCAACAUGUUUUUCGCUAAGGGCUUAUUUAUUUAUUCAUUAAAUCUCUGUUGGUGUUUCAUUUAUCAUUUAGUGGCACACAAUACUUGAGCUACAGGCUCUAUCAGCUAAUGUUUGCGAUUUUUCACACAGACUAAGUCAGUAGGUUUUAUUCUUGUCUCAACUUUACUCCAGAAAUGGGACUCAUUGCUAAUAAGGGCAGGGAGGAAGUCAGGAGAGGAUACACACUCUAAUAUUGGAGCAGGUGGUGGGGGUGUUGUUGACAUGGCAACAGGAGGUACAGUUGACAUGACGACUAGGGGGCAGGGGGUUUGGUAUUCAUAGCUGCAAGGGUUGUGGAGAUAGAAGGGGCACAAUGGACGGGCAGUAUGUGGGACACAACAUGAGUUGCACUAAGAGUGAAGUGUCUCAGGGUCUCUUAGGAGAGUUCUGUCUCCGUACAUGAAUUAACCUCAAUGUCUCUGUUACACCACUCUUUCUCUUUCAGCAUACCAGCUCUCCUUUCUUCUUCCUCUGCACUUCUCGUUCAUUCUCCCUUCUUUCGAUCUUUCUCUUCAUCACGUCACAUCACCACUGCCUCCCGCCCUCUGUCCCAUUGAUACAACUUCUGUCUCAACCAUGACCCGAUGCACUCCCCACCCCACCUCCUCAUCUCCCUCCCGUCCCUGCUCCCUCCACUCUUCUCUCUCGUGUGUUCAAGGUCUUUCACCACUGCAGCUCUACACUCUCCUUACCUACGCUAAUCAAUCUCUCCAUCCCUUCCUCUCCGCUGUAUCCUCCAGGCAUCAUGUCCACCCCGGUUUCCCCUCCCCCCUCCCUCACGCCGCUGACACUGGCCUCCCCUACAGUGGCGACCUCCCCCGGUGUCUCCCCUCUGCCCUCGCCGCUCUCCCCUCCACCAAGGGUGCCCGUGUUCCAGAGGAAGGGCGCGCUCAAACACAAGAGGAUUGUGGAGGUGAAAGAUCAUCAGUUCACAGCCCGUUUCUUCAAACAGCCCACCUUCUGCAGCCACUGCACCGACUUUAUCUGGUAACACACACUCACAAACACUCACACACACACACACUCUCACACAGACACUGCGGAUUCACACAGAAACCAACACCGUCAGUUCAUAAACCGCCUCCUCAGGCAUCCCACUACUCCAUCUGACUCUUACUUUCUUUGCACGUUCCUUUUUCUUCCACCGACUCCAGCUUCCUGCUAAAGAAGCAGCCUACACUCUGUAGCCACCACACUGACCCCAUCACAUAACCUCACCUCCACAUGCAGCCCACACCACACAGAAAUUAAUUUGGGAACUUUGUAUGCCCGAACACAUACCCAUGUGAAAAUAACACAUACAGUGCACAAGUUUUUGGGCUUUUCUUGUAUGGCAUGCACAAACACACAGAGGCAGCAAUGGAGGAGGAACUGUUCAGGCCUUAAAAUGGUUCUCCAUCUACUUAGCUGUUGGAGGUACACAUGGGGGACAUAAGGUAAUAAGAACGGUCAAUAUUGACUGUAAUGACCAGACAUGCAAUCUAGUAUUGGAGAAGCUUCUCAUCCCAGAUCGCCCGAGUGUAGUAAUGCUACAAGGUUACAACCAUCGAUAAAACUCGCCACUCUGACUUAAGGAGGGGUCAUUUUGCAGCAUUUUCAAUAUUCCCCUGGAGACACAAAUGUUAUAGAACCAUUGUCACCAGCUAAUACUGCUUUUCCUUUUGAGUAAGCUGGACUCUCACUGUAAAAUCAGUGGGUCUAAAGUAGUGUGUCAGAGUCAAUAAUUUUCAAAAGUGCUGCAGAAAUGUGGACUUUUAAAAAAGCCGCUCAAUAGAACUUACUUGGGUAUAAACAGUUCUCACUCUGAAAUGUGAUUUCUUGUUCAUAACUGGUGUUUACAGCGUUCACAUUGUGGCAGGAUUUUCCACCACGCUAAAUUUUCAUGAUUCAAUCUGAGGAAUUAGAGUUGAAUCUAUUGCAGGUUUGGGAAAUUUCUUAUAUCUUAGGACAUUUAAACAGUUUAUAAAUAAUGGUUUACAUCCCAACAGAAAUAAAAAAGGGAGGUUAAAAAAGACAGUGUGACAAAGCUGAAAAUAGGGUUGCUGCAUGGAUUAUAUGUUCUCCACUAAUCUUAAUCUUUGUAGUUGAUGCAUUGGAAAUGAUGCUCUGAAAAACAGCUGAGAUGGAGCGUUAGAGAUGAAAUGAAGAGAAAAACACCCAUUGUAGAGUCAGUCAUGCAUUGAGCUUGUUUUAUCCAGUAAAGUCUUCGCAGCAUAUCUGUGUCUUUUGCUUUGUGCAGUGAGAGUGAAUCUGCAUGUGUUUGGACAUAUGGUGGGGGUGUAUGUCGGAUGCAGGGUGGCAAAUGUGCCAGCAGCCUCUGGGUAGCUUUCAGGACAUUUCUCCAACUGGCUGCUGUCUCGGCCACAGUGGCAGCACUUAGCUAAGGGUGAAAUCUCCUUUCCUUCAUGCACGAUUUCAACCUGGGUGUCGAAGCCCCUGUGGGAAUUAACAGAUUAAUUAAAGACUGGGGAAUGAUAGCUGAAACAUAGAUAUCUUAAGUCAGGCACCAAAAGGAGAAUUGAUUGUUUCUUGUUAGGUUUUUUCCGGAAUAAGUUGAGUGAAAUAGUCUAAAGAAAUUGAUAUCAUUGUCCCAUUUGAAUGUAAUUUGUGGACAACUAUAAGAUAACUACUAUAUGAUAAAGAGGGUUUUUAUUCACAUAUAUUAAUUUUAUUUUUACUUUUGGUGUCUGAAAACUUUCCCAGUUAUUGUAUAGAAUUAGACUUAGAUACAUUCAGGUAUUCAUCAGAAUGAUAAAGCAUUUCAUUGAAACUUUGGUGACAGGAAAAACUGAAUACUGGCAGCUAUUGUUUUUUGGUGUUGCGAGUAUGUUGACUAUGAAAGGCAGUUGAUCUAUAUCUGGUGGCAGGUGUGUGGUAUUGGUGGGAUUUAUGGCUGUAAUAAUGUAACAUCAGCCAAUACUACACUUGAGCUGUCGUUUAAGUUUAGGGAUGUCCCAAUCUGAUAUUGAUAUUGGAUAUCGGUCUGAUAUCCGCCAAAGAAACAAAUAUCCCAUUAUAUCAGUCUAAAUUUUAAAUUUCAGAUAUAAACACAUCGAUACUAGCAGUCCAUUCCAGACUCUACUCCAGCCCCUAUGUCUAGCAGAGCCCACGUGAUCACAACAACAGUGUGUACUAAGGUUACAAACAAAGUAGCAAGGAGUAGGAGUGAUGUCUACCAUGAGGCAGUAUUUUUCGUUUAAGUCCGAGAAGAAUGUUGCAGCUGUGUGCGAAAUAUGUCGUGCACAAGUUUGUGCCAAUAUUGGAUCAAUAUCGGUAUUGGCCAAUACUGAAGGCUCCAGUAUUGGGAUCGUAUAAGAAGUAAAAAAGUUGUAUCGGGACACACCUAUUUAAGAUUGCAUGUACAACUGAGCUUUGAGGACAAACAGAGGGCUCCUCAGCUAACCUCUAACUAUGACAUGGACGUCAAAGACUUUGUGCCUCACCAUCCACUGAUCACAUGAAGUUAUUAGUUUAUAGAUGACAGACCUCAUGCUCCAUCAUCUGGUUAGGAAUCAGACAAAACAAAUAUACUGUAAGACUGAUUUUCACUCAAUGUCACAUGAGCAAACACAAUUUUCUGCUCAUUACAAAUAAUCCUCUCCCACAUUAUUUUGUGCAUGCUUAAUAGAGCUCUCGAGUGUUAAACGUAUUGUGAGGCUUUGAAGAUCCCAAUUAAAAAUAUCUGUUUUAAGACUGAAUAAAUCUCUGAAUAGGAUUAUGUAAUGGUGCACUAUAAAGGACAUUGGGUAUGUCUGGAUUUAUCAUUAUAGGACGGGAACAGGCGUUACUUAUCAUGUUAAUAAUGGAUCUGUUCUAUUCAAGUGUCUCAGUGAGCCAUGACAGUGUGACAGUGAGUCAGCAUGCACCAUAUCAGAGCCCUGAGUCUGAGGCAGCCAAAUGGUGUCCUGCCAUCAUUAAUUUGGUCAUUAACACGCCGUGUCAUGUCAGACUAUGUAACUGCAGUGAAAUAGUCCCAUUGCAGAGAAAUGGAUUAAGAGAGUGUAUUUUCUUCUUUUUCCGGUAACAAUUUGUCGAUUAUUAUCAACCCUGUGUGGUUGAUGAUGUGUCAAGGAUUCAUUUUCAUACGACAGGAUUUUUCUGAUGUCACCUGUUUAUUUAACGGCCUGUGUUAGAUGUUUCUUUGCAUCAUUAGAUUUGAAAUGCAAUGAAUUCCUUGUGAUUUCUGGCCAGACAGCAUCACUGCUGUUUCUCUGUGAACCCAUCUUUGGUUCUCUAAUGCUCUCUGCUGGUCAAAAAUAUACAUACACCUUUUCUUGUCUUCAGAGGACUCUGUUGAAUGCUGAUCAAGGAUCAGAUUACCCUCUGUAACCUUCUCCUUAAUUAUUACCAAGCCAGAUGGUGAACUGAUUUUAGAUCAGUGAUUAUGGUCAGUUUCCUAUGAACCCCUGGGCCUCUCCAGGAUGAUUGUGGAGGAGCUCUCAGCAGCGUCUCGUUCAUCUUCUCUUUCUAAACCUCCUAAUCAAAACUUGAUUCACAGCAGGCAGGCCGCUGAGUGGACUCUUUACUCAAUCAAUGGCUUUAAUUAUUCAAUUAAAGCUCUGAGGAGAUACUGGAAACCAGCCAACACCGCAGCUCUGGAAACAGGAGAAUUGUGUUUAUGCCUCUGUUUUCUGUCUGUGUGUGAGUGUGUUUGUGUGUGACUGUAAUUGAAACUGCACCACUUGACCUGGUCAGCAGUGUGGUUCAUUGGUAAAGAUACUCAAACUCCACACAUAAUGACUUUGUUUAUCAAGUCUACACAGGUAGUGGAGUUAGUUUUUUGAUUAGAGGGAGUUAAUUCUCUGUCUGUGUCUGCAUGUGUUGGUUUAAAUACAAAAUAGAAUUACGCAGCAGCAGCUCUAUCUUGGUCUUGGCAGCAUUAUCUGUACUUUUCUGGCUGAGAAACUGUCUCACAAGCAAAAUAUUUCACCUUAAAGAGAAGCAGAGAAGAUUAUAUUCAUCUCUUAAUCCAUGUGCUUUUUUUUUCUCAGGGGCAUUGGCAAACAGGGAUUCCAAUGUCAAGGUAAAGAUAAACCCUGCUAUUGUAUUUCUCGGCCCUGUUUAAUCUUUCUUGGAUAGUUUUCUCAAUGUGACUGAUUCAUUUUUAAGCAUAUUUUUCUCUCUUCUCUCCAGUUUGCAGUUUUGUGGUCCACAAAAGAUGUCAUGAGUUUGUGACUUUCACAUGUCCCGGCUCUGUGACGGGCCCAACGCCAGAUGUGAGCAGAUGUGUCAGCCAUUACAGACCUUAUUUCAUCCCUCUUUUCUUUUUUUGUGUCACAUUUUAGUCAUUAUUUGCCCUACUGUCAUAUUAAGCUGUCAGCUAGCUGCCUGUAACACGUGUGCCUGACUCAUCCAUUAGUCCAUACAUCCUUGGAAUCGUGCAGCCUUGUCCCACGUGUGACGUCUGCGCUCAUGUCAUGUCAUGCUACAAGGCCUUUGAGAAUAGGGAACAGGAGAUAGCGAGAGGGGGAAGAUGCAGGUGGAGGGUGGGUGGGACUGAUAAGACGGGAGAUUUACAGGGGGGAGAGGGAAACACACUGUCUCAGUCCUCCUCUCCACGGCUUUUGAGGAUUUCAGAGAGAUUUUUCCUUUCCUCACUUUUUUUCCCCUGCUGUUCAAAUAAACUGCUGUAGAAAUGAGGUCAAGGGGGACAUGUGAGUGCAUGGGACUGUGCGAGUGUGUGAAGAAGGAUGAAAGUGAGAGAAACACGCACAAGGAAGAUAAACAGGGUGGCAGAUUUUAGAAAUAGCAACUCAGAAGGACAGGGUGGAAAAACAGUUUGGGAGAAGGUGUAGUGUGCAGUCCGAUGCGCUUAAGAGAGAUAAAAAUGAUUCAUCCCUCUCUGCACAGAUAUACACACACAUACACACACUUAUACACACACUGCCUCGCAAUGCUGCACACUCAUUUAUAUGACCUCUCCCAGUGGAGAAAUCUAAUUGGCUUGUCCAUGAAUACCCCACUCAACAUCCCUACACUCAUCAUACUCUGCAUGCCUGUGUGUGUUCACAGACUCUUUCACGGUUACUUUGUGUGUAUUUGUGUGUGUGUGUGCUUGAGUGUGUAUUUGCAUGAUAGUUCUAAAUCCAGAUUGUUUCUGCUGUAUUUUUAGGACCUGAAGAGUCGACACACAUUUAAGGUCCACACUUACUCCAGUCCCACCUUCUGUGAUCACUGCGGCUCACUGCUGUACGGACUCAUACACCAGGGCAUGAAAUGUGCCUGUGAGUUUCUCCACGUGAGAUAAUCUCCUCCUAAAAUCUCAAGAAAACAUCAGAACAGUCCACCUCUGAAAUAUUACAGAGCUGUCAUUUACUCACCGAGCAAUUUAAAGGGCUUGUGUGUUGGAGAGGAAUCAGUCCAUUAAAAACUGUGAGCAGACCAUUGCGCACUGUCAAACUGUCAAAUAAAAGCAUAAGUACAUUGUGUUACCAAGUGUUGCUGGAAAGUGUCUUUUAAGGACAUUUAAAACUUUUUAAAUGUGAUAAAUACCUUUUUAUUUGUUCUUAAAGCUCCAGUGGAGAACUUUUGGCAUGGGUCAAUUUUGGCGCCCCCUGUGGACAAAGCAGUCUUCUCGUCUAAAAGCUAAUGUGGUUCCAAUUGACAAACAAAUUUCAUCCUGCUGACUUUUGACAACAGAAUGCGUCAUUUAAUGUAAAUAUUUAAAGCAGAAAAUAUCAAAACAGGGCUCUGUCUUCAGAAGCUCAGCUGACACCUACCACCUCAUACUGGUCCUAGGAAUUUUAAGAUAUUCCAUUAAAAUUACUGAAGGUCAUGUUUGCUUUUAUAUGUUGUCAAAAGGCAUUAAUGUGAAUUUUCUGUCUAUUUCAUGAACUUAAAAAAUUCCUCCCAUGAAAUUUGAAAAAUUGUGCUAUGAAGAUGUUGCCACUGUGAGUUUUAUACACAGACAUAUAACAUCUUAUUAUAUUUUAAUAUUAGUAAUCAAGCUAGAUUUGAUUAGAGGAAACAGAAAAGGUAGAAAAAAUAUAUUUCAUUUAUAAGUGGGUGCACAUGUGCCAUCCCUGAAUAAACCUGUGCUUCAGUUGGGCCACACCAAUUCUGCUCAGGAAGCAGGACAUAAUGUAAAAUGGACUACAGAGUCAGCAAAUAGAGACUCUAUGAAUGCAGCAUUUCACAUUCAGUAUUCUAAAUUAAAAAAAAAAUAUUGUUCAUACUAUUCUAGCUCCUCUGCAGGCAUUGAUCUUGUUGUAUUUUUUUCUUUUUUCUUUGAGGCUGUGACAUGAAUGUCCAUCGAAGGUGUGAGACGAGUGUUCCCAGUCUCUGCGGUCAGGACCACACAGAGAAGAGAGGGAGGAUCCACCUGACCAUCAAAGGGGAGUCAGAGGAUGUCUAUGUCACAGGUUAGGAGAACAAAUACAUGAUGGGAAAUGUCUGAAAACAAAAGACUGGUAUUAAAGGAUUUCCUUGUCCCUUUUCUGUCUGCUGUCCUCCUUUUUUCCCAGUGCGAGAGGCUCGUAACCUGAUGCCCAUGGAUCCAAAUGGCCUCUCAGACCCAUAUGUUAAGCUGAAAUUGAUUCCAGAUCCAAAGAGCCACAGCAAACAGAAGACCAAGACCAUCCGCUCAACUCUUAAUCCUGUCUGGAAUGAGAGUUUCACCUUGUGAGUCUUUGUGAACUUCAUUCUAAAAGUUCACUUGGGUCUAGGACACAACGUGCUUCAGGCAAAAUAAUGUGUCCCAGAUAAUGGAAAUACUGAGUCAUAAAAAGCACCCUGCAAGAUGAAGAGUGGACCAUUGAAUCUAUGUUUGAUAGUCCCUGAAUACAUGGAGCCUUUUUUUUCAUAACUAGUGUUACAAUUUCACCCUUCUCUGCCUUUAAAUUAAGGGUUGAGAUAUCAGGAAAUUGCCUAAAAACCUACAGAGAUAGUCAUUUCCUAUUGGGUGUCUAUGCAUUGGUGUUUGCAAGCAUGAUAAGUAAAAACUCCUCUGUGAUUUAGGCUGUUUGUGUCUGUCUCUUCAGCUCAGUGCGGGGUCACCAGUGGGACAGGCGGCUGUCAGUGGAGGUGUGGGACUGGGACCGCACGUCCAGGAACGACUUCAUGGGAGCGUUGUCGUUUGGAGUGAGUGAGAUCUUCAGGCGUCCCAUCAGUGGCUGGUUCAAACUGCUGGCUCAGGAUGAGGGAGAGUACUACAACAUCCCUGUGCCAGACCCAGACCUGCAGGUAGGAACGGAGCUCCAAGAAUUAGCCCUCAGUUGGGACUAAAGAAAAGUUAGUGGUGAUAUUUAUACUCGUAUCAACCAAAGUGGAGCAGGCUUUUAUUUUGUACCUUGAGCUGACCAUUUAUUCCAAAGCCCUGGCAGAGUCUUUAUCUGUUUAUAAUUCCAGCUACACCCAAUAAACAACCGCUGCCACUGCUCACACUCGGUCAGGUCAGGAGGAUGUUUAACUUACAAUUCUAUCCGUUGGUAUGAAAAAUACAAGAAGAUCAAUGCCUGCUGUUGCAGCUAGAUAAUUAGAUAAUAAAUUAUAGAGAACCCCCUCACACACACACACACGCACCCCCUUCACUGGUACCUGCAGUCUCCAGCAGGGCGCAGGAUUGUUCUGCCUGACUCUAAUUCGAAAUCAGGGGUAGGAAGUUUGUGUGUGUGUGUUGGUAAGGCUGUUUUUUGUGUGAAUCUUGGUGUGUAUCCCACCAUUUAUCUCUGAACCGCCUUCGUUCUUCAGGAGCCUAUGCCAGAUGCCACAAGCCCCUCUUUGCCUCAGCCGAUACCUUCCCCGUUGUCUGAAGGCUUCCCUGUGGCCCUGUCCCCGACUCCUGUGCCAUCCGGCCCGCCUGUCCACGCACCAGGCCCUGCCAACGUAAAAGUGGGCAUCCACGACUUCAACUUCCUCAUGGUGCUUGGCAAAGGCAGCUUUGGCAAGGUAAAUGCAGCAGAUACUGAAGCCAAAUGUCAUCUAUUCUACUCUCAAUCAGCACCUUUUAUCCAACAGCUGUAAGUGAAAUCAAAGAGGCCAUUCAUGCUUGAGACAACCAAGAUUAUUUCUGGCUUUCAAUGAUUUCCUCUAUUGAUGGACUUGACCUUCAAGUGGCAUUUCAUAGAGAAGCUCCUGGGCAGAGCAAAGCAGAGAAAAAAAAAUCAUGUCUAACUAACAUUCUUAUUGUCUCUCCAACAAAUGAUUCACUUAACCCUUAGCUUUUUUAGUGCUGUCAGCAGUCGUGAGCUCAGGCUGGCUUCCUACAUGCCACACAGGCGGGCACAGACAGUCCUCCUGGAGGUGUUCAUUUCAAGCAAGCCUCUGCUCUCCAUUUUCUCUUUAAUUCCCCAGCAGAUGAGGCAUAAUGAAGAGACUGGAGUCUCAAGUCCUCCUUCUUCCUCUUCUGAAAUCCCCCAGUGCUGUUUCAUAACUGUCAGAAGAGUCUACAGAGGACAGGAGAAAUAGACUCGACUUACGUAAGAUGUGAGGAAAAAAAAAGGACCCAAGAAAGGAGAGACAGACCCCAGGGCUGCUGACUGAGGGGAAGUGAGGAAGAGAGAUGGAGAGAAAGAGAAAAAGGAUUACUGUGCAGCAGAAAGUGACAAAAUGACCAAAAGGAAAUGGGAUAACAUGAGCGGAAAAAGAGGAGACAGUACAUGUGACUGUGUUCGUGAGGUCUGUAAUAAUCUGAAGGGUGAAGUAGCCCACUUUUUUUGUGAGGAAGUCUGAGACCACGAGGAAGAGCAGGAGACACAGAGGACAGCAAGGUUUCUGUCAGUGACUGGCAGCUCCUCAAUACAUGCACAUACACGCACACGCACACACACAGCCUCUUUCAUAAGCACCUUUAUGCUGAAAAAUGGAAAUGUGUAAUAUUCUGUACUGUUCAACGCUAUUUGAAAGUAAAAUGAGAUCUCCCGGAGAGAAAGUGACCAUUACAGCACUGAGCUUGGCUGGACGGGCGACUUGAAACUGUGGUUGUCAGCAGUUUCCAUUUCUCUUUACUGUAUUUACCAUGCAUGCACCUUUUGCCACGGUCAAACCCGAGUUAUAUGGCCCCUAUUAAAGAUAAUGACAGCAUUAUUAUGGGCAGUUGCCCUUAUAUGUAUGAUAUUCAGUUUUUAUAGCAGCACUGUAUCACUUAUGACAACAACAUUUGUGGAAAGCUUUAAACUUUGCUGGUGUGCACCAUGAAUGUGCAGACUGAACUUUCUAAAACACUUAUCCAUAUCAAAUGCUAAAACUUGUGCACAGUUUUGACCGUUUUUACAAAGUGCCUUUGGUUAACAGUUUUUUUUUUAUCAAGGUUGGAAGCAUUUUUAAUACUGCGGUCAAAAUUGUCAUUUCAAAUCAGGUGUUAAUGAGUAUUCCUCAGCUUUUGCAGCCAGCACAGAGCAGAGCUGCUUUUUUAGCACAUCUGUGAUGGCUUCAGGUUGAACCUCUGGAGGUUGCUGCAUGAGCAUGACAACAAAAAGCCAUCACCAUUUGUUGGCCCUGCCCCUGCAGAGAACAGGAUGGUUAGUUUCUGCAGAAGAUUGAGUGGCAGUCGUCAUCUUAACCUCAAAACAGCCUUCAAAAGGAGUGUUUUCAAACGGAGACAGCCACUGGCUCUGACUACCAAUGGUGCAGCUACAGAAAAUUCCCCUCACCCUCUAAAGCCCAUGUCUUCGCAAUAACCAUGUAAAAAUCGUGAAGAUUAAUUGGAGUACCCUAUGUUGAAGCGAAGAAAUGAAUAAUUGGAUCAUUAUAACAUUAUAUUUCAUUUGAUUUUAACAUUUAAUUUCUUGAUAGGCUAAUUAAACUAGGACUAUAUUGACCUUCCUGAACUAGAUUCAGCAGAAACAGCCUCUCAGCUAAACCAUCUACGCUUAAUAUCCAACAUUUCUUUUUUUCUGUCUUAAACAUCCUGGAGAAAUUACUAGAAGAAAAUAAUCAGCUCUGUGACUUUAUUCAACACUAAAGUAUAAGUGACAUAUUUAGUCAGAGUUUGGAGUCUGCUUAAGCGCUAAGACAUGUGCUGCUGAAAGGAGAGACAAACUGAUGGCUUAAGACAGUAUCUGCACUGUCAGAUCUGCAUUUGAUCAAACUGACCAUCACAUCCUGUUACAGAGACUAGAACAACCAACCUGACCUACAGAAACCACUUUAACUUUGGCUGAAAACACAUUUAUCACAUCAAUCUCAAUUUGUACCUGUUAGGGAAAAGUCCAAUGAGCACAUCAAGGUGAGUCAUGGCGCUCCACAAGGGUCAAUGUUCGUACCUUUCCUUUAAUUUUAUUUAUGCUAUUUUAUUUAAGAGAUAAUGUGAACUUUGUUACUCUCAGGAUGAUGUAGAAAAACUAGUCCAUGACCCUUUUGCCUUCAAAGUAGUAAUACUUAUUAAUUAAGGGGAGUGAAAAGCAGGGGUAGGCCCAAAGCAGCUGAAUAAUGAGUCCUGAGUGUCAAUCACAAAAUCAGCAAAAUAUUGCACUUUUAGCCUCAAAAGUGCGAGUUCUUCACAAGACAUCAAAACUGGUGUUCUCCUAACUAGAGCAGCUUGUCACUCAUAACACAAUGACCUAAAAAAUGUUCAGUACAGGGAGAGUUACAGUACAGUACAGGGAUAAUUCUAUCUGGAGUUCGAACAAAAGCUGGAGUGACAGGAACUCUGUUGAUUUGAAAUGCACUUUGUGUCAAAGAAAUGUAAAAGAGUAUCUCUGCAGUCUGAUGAACAGACUGCGGUUCUGCUAACUCUGAGGAUUUUUAAGAAGGGAUUUUAAAAAAGGCUUUUCUUGCUGUUGCUGUCGUCAUCAGCGUCCUCUCUCCAUGCCAGACAGUUGGCGUAGAGUUGUCUAUAAAUAAACUUUGUGAUUAUUUAUAGUUUUUAAGUACAUGCUGAGACUCUUUUUAUAAUUCUUGUUUUUUAUUUUUUGUUACAGUAACUUUCUCUCCAAUUUUGUUUCUGUGCAGGUGCUGCUGGCAGAGGAGCGAGGCAGCGAGCGUCUGUUUGCAGUCAAAGUGUUGAAGAAAGAUGUUCUCUUCCAGGACGAGGACACAGAGAGCGCCCUGGUAGAGAGGAGGGUUCUGGCUCUUGCCUCUCGCCCUCACUUCCUCACAUCGCUCUACUGCGCUUUCCAGACUGAGGUGUGUGUGGACGGUAGACUGAGAUAUCUUUCAUUAAAUUGUCCAUAAACCUGCCUGACAUUUUGGCUGCGUGGUCCUCCCAUGAGUUCAGUUUUCAUUUAUAAAAUUCAAUAAUUAGCUUGCUUUGUAUAACAAGGCCCUCAGUCCUGGAGGAGAGGUUUGAACAAAUUGCUUUUUAAUAUGGACACAGAGGUGAUUAUGUAUGGAGAGUGUGUAUGUCUGUCUGCUUUUUCUGCAGGACCGUCUCUAUUACGUGAUGGAGUAUGUCAACGGUGGAGACCUGAUGUUCCACAUUCAGAUAGUCGGCAAGUUCAAAGAGCCUCACGCAGCGUAUGUAGUUGAAAAGCUUCUUUCUGUUGACUUUAAUCAAACUCCUCAUCUGCAGCCUCUCAUUUCCUGCCGCUCUUGUAUUCUCUGUUCCUUUGCAUACACACUCGUCUCUUUGCUUUGUUCAUUAUACACAAUGACGCAUAAAAAGUCAUCAACUCAAGUACCAGCACUCCUCCUUUUUCCCCCCCCGACUUUCUCCGCCCACUAAUUUCAUCUUUUCAUCCAUAUUGUCCCUCCCUUUGGCUGUUCAUCUGAUCAAUAAUCUUUGAUCAAUCAUCUCUAACUAAUUCCUACCCUGUUGCUCAUUUCCAGAUCUCUUUCUUCAUCAUCCUGCCUUUCAUCUAUUUGGUUACUCUCCCUUUCAUCACCCCCUUCAGAUUCACUCUCCUCUUCACUGGCUGAAAACCUUAGCCAAUUUUCUGAAAGAUAAAGCAACUAGUUAUGAUCCUCCCCUCCUCCUCUCCCUCAUCUCCUCUCUCUCUCUUUCUCUCCAGGUUCUAUGCAGCAGAGAUAGCCGUCGGCCUCUUCUUCCUUCACAGUAAAGGCAUCAUCUACAGGUAGAGAAGACGGUUGCUCAUUUAACACGGCCUGGUUUGCUGCUGUCACUUCCCGGUCAAUAGACAUGGCACCGAUUUAUCAUGUCUGUUAUAAAGAGGGUUUCUCUCAAAAUGAUUCAUACCUGUGGGAUCCGUUUCCUUCUUUCUCAGGGACCUGAAGCUCGAUAAUGUUCUGCUCGACAGUGAGGGCCACAUUAAAAUAGCUGACUUUGGGAUGUGCAGGGAGGGCAUGUUUGAAGGCGACACCACACGUACCUUCUGCGGCACCCCAGACUACAUCGCUCCUGAGGUACCCUCACUCGCACUUCAUGGUCCAGACUAACUCCUGAACUAGCCUCAUUUGUUCCCCAUUUCCUACUAUUUCCCCUUUUUAUGUGCUUGACCUGUUUUAAAUCAUUGUAAGACGGCGAGUUGCUUCACUGCAGAUCUUCUCCUCUGUCCUCUCUGACCUUGUCAGCAUUUUUGAAUAAUUAACUUCCCAUGAUUCUAUUAGGAGCAGUGUGUGUGCUUGUGCUAUCUCAGUGUUGUAUAGUAAUCCCCAUUGUCCUUCAGAGACCUUGCUUUUGCAAUUUUUGUCUAAUUUCAGAUGAAUAACCACACUGAGAGCAACACAGACCACAACAAACUAACAUAGAAUGUAGAGUUUUUGCUUUCUGACACACAAAAUGUUAUUUUAUACUUGGAAAUAUCUAUGUCUGUGUUUCCACAGAUAGUAAAAUCCAGUGAAAGAGAAAAGGAGAUAAUCAUCCUUUUGUUUGUGCUAACUGGUGUAAGACAGGCAUAGUAAAAAAGAAAAUGGAAAAAAUAGAGAGAGAAGAUUCGAUGUGUUGUGCACAUCUUUGAAAGUGUCAGCCUUGCUGUGGCACCCCUGGGUAUUGACUCUCUUAUGUAAACACCCAUUGAUUCUCCUGCAUCUGCCAUUUUGGAAGAGAUACAAUAUAUUUCCCCAAGGGCCGGGAAUUGUUCCCCCAUCCUCACCUCACACCGGUAGUACACUCACGCAGACAGACACCAAGUAAACAAAUGAGCACAAGAAUACGAAGUCAUUUGCUGAUUAUUAUGAGCUCAAUUCUACAUUAUCCUUCUCUAAUGCCAUACUCGUCUUUCUCCUCUCUCUCUCUCUCUGUGCUUUUCUGGUAGCUGCAUAUCAUCCAGGCCCUGCUUUUUCUAAAUCUGCUCGUCUACUUUUACUUUCUUAUCUCUGCACUGCCACUCUCCUCCUGUAUCUCCUCACCUUUCCUCUCCACCCUUUUUCAGAUUGUGGCAUAUCAGCCCUACGAUAAAGCUGUAGACUGGUGGUCCUAUGGAGUGCUGCUUUAUGAAAUGCUAGCAGGACAGGUAACCCUCAGCUUAAUCCUAAGGAUAGAGCCAUGUGCACUGACACUUACGCCUGCAGCACUUGUCCUUUGUAAUGACUUCACAAGACUUCUGAAUGCAUUUUAUUUCAAUAUAUUCCCUUAAUUUGCUCUCAGGUCUUCACUGUUACUUCUUCUCCUCCUAUCUAUGUCUUCUCCUCUCCAGCCACCGUUUGAUGGUAUAGACGAGGAGGAGCUGUUUCAGUCCAUCAUGGAGCAGUGUGUCUCUUACCCUAAAAGUCUCUCUCGUGAAGCCGUCGCUAUCUGCAAGGGCGUAAGUAACGGCUUAAUUAUUUCUAACCCAUAAAACUUGUAGCCGAGAGUCAAUUAUGAUCAAAUUAAAUAAAAUUCCUCAUAUUACAUUUCUGAAAUAAAUAUUUAAAUGUAAAUCAAAAGACAGCAAAGCUUAGCCCUGCUCACUGUGGGCUUUGAAGAAAUAGUUGAGCAGUCUAGGAAUUCACUUAUUUGCUCUCUUCUGAAAGUUGGGAAAGUGAAACAACCCGCAUAUCUUUCUAUUAGAAAUUAAGACAGACCGAGAAGCCAUUAACCAAGCUUCACUUACGUAAGUAGCAUAUACUUAUUAUAUAAACUAAUUCAUCUACCUUGUGCGAAAUAAAACAUUUAGGAGGGUCUUCAAACACGUGUUAAAGGGAUAUUCCGGCACAAGUUUAAGUCAUGGUCAAACACACCGUAACACCGAGUUAGACUGCCCCUCGAGAGAUGAAUUUUGCAAAACCGCUUGCUUAUCUAGUUCCACCAACUUCAGCAAAGAAUGCAUGAUAGCAAUACACGGUGGUGUAUGUCUCCACGCGCAAAUCACGACCAAAAAGCCACUUGUAGCCACAAAUAAUGCUCAGAACAGCACCUAACUUCAUCAACAGUACAUAUAGGGUCCCAGCACAUAGUACUAGCCAUCAAACAACUUUUUAGCUUUGCCUGAUUUCUUUGGCAAAGAGACCAAACACAACUCACCCACACACUCCUCAAGCAGCCGUUUGUUUGUGCAGGAGCCCUGACGAGUCGAUUACCGAGUGCAACGGAAUUCCGCAGCUCAAGGAAGAACAUUUAUGAUCAUUACUUCAUGGAAAUGCAAUCAGAAUUCUGAGUCUGAGUCUCAAGUACACAAUGUGGAAACGUCUGAGUCAAGGCACUGUGACCAAAAAUCUCAAGUCCAAGUUAAAUCCCCAUGACUUGAGACUGUGUCAGUGUUAGGUUCAUAUUACCCAAAAUGAAGUCGCCUUUACCUGAUUUGCGAAGAACUCUGUUUGGUUGAUUGUGGAGACUUUUGUAUGUGUAGAAAUUACAUCUGGAGAUUUGAAUCAUCAGUGAAGUCACCAUGCAGAAGUGCACACUCUCAGGCCUCGAACAAACUCAAAAAUACCUGCAGCCCGCUCACUAUCAAUCAGAAUUUGAACUGAGAAAAAAACAGAACAAAAAUAAAAACAUCUGUGCCUCACUGGUCAUGUCACUGUUGACGUUAACAAAGUAGCUCAUCCAUCUCAUGGUCUUUUCUGGGUCAAUCCCGCGAGAGUCAGUCUAGAUUUAAGUUUGUCCCUGUCUUCGUCUUAUCGAACAUGUUGCCCUUCUUUUAAAACCCAUAAAAGCAAAAGAACAACAACAGAAUAAAAUAAGUAAUGUAGCUACAACAAAGCUCACCAUGAAAACUGUUGACUACACCAGCAGUGCCAAACAAAAACAGACAUCGGUCAACUGUAUCUCAUGCAUGAUUAUAAUUAUUCAUUCCUUUUCUCCUUGUCUGUUUUCCCCCAAGCUCCUGACCAAGCACCCUGCCAAGCGUAUGGGUGGAGGACUAGAUGCAGAAAGAGAGAUCAGGGAACAUCCUUUCUUCCGCUGGAUUGACUGGGACCGUCUGGAGAGACUGGAACUCCCGCCACCCUUCAAACCCAGAACUGUCAGUAAAACAGAUGGACUACACACUUUACUUUCCCUUCUUCUCUUUUUUGUUUGUUCUCUCUUUCGUCACUCUCCUGUCUGUUCCCCUGUCGCUGUCUCUUCUUGUAAACUUUAAGGAAAUCGAAGCUGUCACUUUAUUUCAUCUGUCUCUCAAAUUGCCACUCUCUUUAAUUUCCCAGCAUGCUCCCUCUCUCAGCCGUCCACAGUGUGUUGGCCUUUUCAUCCUCUAUCCUUUCUCGGUUUAAACGGCGCUGUACCUCCCUCCCGCUCUCUCAAUCCUCUCCCUUUCACCUCUUCUUGUGCUUCCAAGAGACAUAGCAGUCAUAAUAGACAGGACCCUGUGGCCUUUGAGUCUUGCCUACUCCUCCCAUAUGCUAAUGUAUGUCUUCAUUAGCCCGCCACACACCAGUUUGCGGCCCUGUUGGCCAAUGGGGGAGUGAGCUGAGUGUGCUCAGGGGUUAGAGGCCAGGCCCAUUAGCCAAAUGAGGUUCAUAUCAUCCAGCAGAACGGCUGUCAUCCACUGAGAGAGAGCAGGAAGAGAGAAAUGAGCAGCUUUCUUUCUACAGUAGGUGUGGUGGAGAGAGAUCCUGGGAGAGCAAACGAGGGUGUGGGUGAGAGAGAAAAACACGGAGGUGCAGUCUUUUUAUAGUUCAGCUCUUUUUAUGUUACUCAGGUGGGAGGUAAUGGUGUAUACAAUCAGUAUCAGUGUGUGAAUAUGCUUGUUAAUCUUCUCUUCUUGUUCUUCAGGGCGGGAAAAAGGGUGAAAAUUUUGACAAGUUCUUCACAGCAGCUCCGUCUGCGCUCACCCCCUCUGACCCGGACAUACUAGCAGCUAUGAACCAAGAAGACUUUGAGGGCUUCUCCUUCCAGAACCCAGACUAUGCUCCUUCACCUCUCACAGCGGUUUGAAAACGGCUCCAAAAUGCUCCAGAUGCACCUGAACCACAGUGUUGUCUCCUCAAUAGUAGUUUUAUAACAGAGAAUCUGAACAAAACACCUCUCAUAACCAAAUUCUGUUUACAUGACAAUGCCAAGACACCUUUCUAUUCAUGCACUCUCUUUGAUGUACGUAUUUUAUCUUGAUAGUCACAGAAGAUGUUGCAAACAAAGCCAGUAUUAUUAUGUAGAUUUGCAUUCUAGAGUUUUUUUGUAAGACAUCCUAACUUGAUAGAGUGGUUGAAGAGUACUGUAGUAUGAACCUGGUUUAUGAAUCUCUUUGCAUGCAAUGUUUGUAGAAUGAAAUGCUCUGACACACUAGAUUUCUAUAGCCUAGAGUAUCCAACAAGAUAGAAAUAUAUCAUUAGACAACCAAUUUAUUCAAAACUCUUCACUUUAAACCCCUGGGAGUCGUUUUUUAAUCAUUUUGCAGCUAAAACACAUGACCGACGAAUGUUUCCGAGCAGGGUUAUUCCAGUCUAACAUUGGAUUUGUACACAGUAGAGUGAUUCACCAUCAACCAAGUCAGUUAGUAGCCUCUUUUUUUAUUUACUUUUUUUUUUUUUUCAGGCGAGCAGCUCAGUCACGUUUCUCUGGCCUGGUCUGACCUCUUCUUUUAUAACGUCACACCAGUGACUCCAGCUGACCCGCUGAGAGCCUGAAACAACAAUGGCCUGCACAGUUAAUGUGACAGUUAGUGUAGGCUGCAGUGCUGCCCCCCAGCUCAGGCUCACUCUGCUACACUCUAUUACCACAUUACUGCCUCAGACUGAGCUGCAUCUUUUAAUUCACGUGUUACUAUUCUCUCUAUAGUUCUUCAGCAAGCUGUGAAAUUGUAUCCACGUUGCACCGAGCUGAAAUAGCGCCCUGUAUAUAAGUCCUAGAAUAUUUUUCUGCAGCCUUUAGUAAGUACGCCUCUUAAUGAUGUAUCUCCAGCUAAAAGGAGUGUGCAGGAAUUUUAUCAUUCUUUUUGUUGGAUACAAUAAAGCUUUUUGCUGUGUAAUGACAAACUCACAGCAUUGAUUGCGGGUAAUUAAAAGUGAGGCUCACUGGGACUGUUCAAUACAUGGAAAAAAUAGCAGCGCCGUCAUUAAACAUUAUCUGAGCAGCGCAGGUGGCUGCAAACGUCCACUUUAAUAAUCCCCUUUUAGCGCUCCUAUCUCACCAACCAGCCACAGAAACAUGUUCGAUUUUCUGCAAAGCAUCUAUAUGAUUUGUUUUCUUUGUAAUUUUUUGUUAACUUAGUAUUUAUUUCUCGUCUAGAGGAGCAAAAUGAUUCAUUGUCUUUUUGUGUGUGUGUCCCUCUAACAGCAGCCAAGAGUAAAGGUCAGAUCAGUUCAUCCGUAUAGGCCUCAAAAGGCCACAACACCUGAUACAAUAGGUAAUACGAUCAAUGAUAGAUACUACAAUAGAUAAUUUAUGCAUUCAUGUGUUUGUUACUUGAGAUAACUUUCUGUUUUCAUGUGCUGGAAAAAAAAACAAGCAAUCGAAAUAAACUACUGAAAAAAUCAUGAAACAG